AUGACGGAUUUUGGUGCGGGCACUUCUACCUCGGCGGGUGCCGAGGAUCCGGCGGGGUCGCGGUACAUGGAUGAGCUGACCUCGCGGCUCCUAUCGCAAGCGCAAGAGAUGGCCGCGGCAGAGGCCGCUUCCGAGGCGCCGCGGUCCGAGGAGCUCGACUCGACGACCGCCGCGUCGCUCGAGACGUUCAUGGCGAGUCUCAAAGCGCAUCUACAGCUCGCGCCAGAGCCAUGGAACGAGGAGCGCACCGUGCGGCGGCGCAUGCAUAACUGGAGCACGGCAGAGCGCCACGCGCGCAUCCGCGAGGUCGUGCGCGAGCAGAUGCGCCAGGCGGCGCACGGCACACCCCACGGCGUGCAGCCACUCAUGACGACCGUGCGGUGCCUGCAUGCGUCGGUCGCGCAAAAGUCGUACGGGACAGAGAAGCGCUUCUUGUGCCCUCCGCCGGCGGUCAACGUGCGGGGCUCGCUGCGGCACGCGGAGCACGCCGUGCCGGCGCUCUUUAUGCAGAUCCAGAGCGAAGACGGCGAGCGAUUCUCGGGCGAGCAGCUCGCGGCACUCGACGAGGCGCACCAGGCGCGCUUCACCGAGCUGCACGUCACCGGCACCGGCAAGGCCAAGAGCUUCCGCCUCCAGCUGCACCUCCUGGCGCGGCGCGAACAAGAAGCGCGCGAGGCCAAGCGCCAGCGCAUCGACGAGCACGACACGAGCGCGAGCUGGGCGAGCUUUGACUCGGCGCCGAUCGGAAUCAUUUCCAAGCCGUCGAAAAAGUCGGCCAAGGCGCGGCACGCGUCGGCGCACAUCACCUCGAACGCGUCCGUUUCUCUCUUUAAUCGAAUCAACUCACAGACGUAUCGUACCAAGUACCUCUCUGCCCACGAAGGGCACUUGUCCGCACAGUCGCGUGCAUGGACCGCCUUUCGCCUCGUGCUCCUCGCGCGGCCGCCGCAGGCGCAGGCGCUGGACGUCGACGCGGACGUGCUCACGUACGGCUCGACCAUCGUGCUGGUCGACGAGGUGUCUGGCGCGACGACCGACCCGCUCCUCGUGUGCAAGGUUGACCGCGGCCGCAUCCUGCCGCCGCUCGGCGAGGCGCGCGUGACGCUCGAUGACGGGACGCUCGCCGACGAGUCGUACCUGUACGGCGCCGUGAGCCAGAUGCAAAAGAUUGCACUCAUGCGCUUCGUCCCCGACCCCAGCCGCGCAGAAGGGCACUGGGAGCGCGACGCGCAUGCGCCACGCACCUAUCUCUGUGCAGGCACGCCGCUGCAUGCGAGCGCACAGCACGCGACGCUGCGGCACCUCGGCGUGCCGCCGCCGCCGCCGCCGCCGCCGGACGACGCCCACGCCCUCCCGCUGACAUACGUCGCCGCGAAGCCGGCAGCGUGGGACGGCGCGACGCUCGACGAUGCCGAAGACGCAUUCUGCUGGACGCUUGUCAGCAUCUCGCACUUUGAGUACUCGUUCAUCGAUGUCGACAUGCUCGACACGCCGAACGCGCCACCCGGUGUGGGCCUCGCGCUCACGCCGUUCCCGAUCGUGACUACCAUGCCAUUCUACGACACCAACACACACAAGGUCGCCAUGACCGUGCAGCACUUUUUCUACGAUGCCCAUGUGCUGCAAUCGCUCGACGAGCCGCUCCUAGAACACAUGGAGGUGUGGCUCGGGCCGCUGGGACCGCUCGCGCUCCUCACUGCGCCGACGCCGGACGGCGAGCAGGAGACGGACGUCGCGGUCCACCUCCCGCCGCUGCGUGCGAUCAUUGACGCGGGGGGGUCGUCGCCGCAGUGCACGCUGCCCCUCCUCUUUGUCCGCGCAUUGGACGGGGCGAUAUACCACUCCGGGCGCCAGGUCGCGUGCCAGGACCUCGUCGCGGUCGUGCGCGCGGCGGGCGACAGCCGCGCCGCCGAGGCGCUCAAGAAGCUCAACGUCGGCCUCGGCGAGCAGGCCGGCGCGCAGGAGCUUCCGCCAGGGUCCGUAUGGACGCUGCGGGUCGUGUAG